UGCCCAAUUUGGCCCCAACUUUUGAACAACACUAGACAUUCUCACUCGUGUGUGUGAUAUGAGCAAAGUGGACUCAACUCGCUGAGAAUCCAAAUGCAAAUGACUACAUAGAAGAAGAAGACUCUGCAGAUGCAGAGAAAAUCGACUUGGUGAGAGAUGAGAACGUCGUCGUUUUCUCUCCUCUCUCGCCUCCGCCACUCCCGCCGCUGCUGCUACACCUCCUCUAACUCUCUGCUUUUCCACUUGGCCCAUCAAAACGACGAUCGCCGCUCCUCCCAAAACGCGCCGUUUAGCUCCUCCUCCUUUCACUCCUACUCCACUCACACUCAGUUGCAGCGGCUCUUCUCCUCAGCUGCCUCCUCCAAACGGUUCGUUUUGCUCGACUUGCUUCCUUCCCCCGACGCUGUUAAUCACCACUCGUUGCAUCGAAGUUUCUUCACCAGAGCUAAACCUGUUAAACAAGUCAAUCUUGAAUUCAAUGACCAGCACAGUCAAAGGGCAGUCACAACUGCAUUGUGGUGCAACUUCCUAGUGUUUUCGCUCAAGUUCACUGUCUGGUUAUCCACCUCCAGCCAUGUAAUGUUGGCUGAAGUUGUGCAUUCCGUUGCUGAUUUUGCUAAUCAGGCACUUCUUGCUUAUGGGUUGAGUAGCUCAAGGCGUGCACCAGAUGCUCUCCACCCUUACGGAUACUCCAAGGAAAGAUUUGUUUGGUCUUUGAUAUCUGCUGUUGGUAUCUUUUGUCUUGGUUCCGGUGCAACUAUAGUUCAUGGAGUUCAAAACUUGUGGGUUUCACAGCCCCCUCCAAAUAUUCAAUAUGCAGCUUUAGUGAUUGGUGGUUCGUUUAUUAUUGAAGGCGCUUCUCUUCUUGUUGCCAUACAAGCUGUCAAGAAAGGUGCUGCUGCUGAGGGCAUGAAAUUAAGAGACUAUAUAUGGCGUGGUCAUGAUCCUACCUCUGUUGCAGUCAUGACUGAGGAUGGCGCUGCUGUAGCUGGUCUUGCUAUUGCUGCAGCAUCAUUGGUUGCUGUAAAUGUCACAGGAAAUGGAAUUUACGAUCCUAUAGGUUCAAUUGUAGUUGGCAACCUACUUGGAAUGGUGGCUAUCUUUCUGAUACAAAGGAAUCGACAUGCUUUAAUUGGUAGGGCAAUGGAUGACUAUGAUGUAGAGAAGGUUCUUCAGUUCUUGAAAAAUGACCCGGUUGUAGAUUCUUUAUAUGAUUGCAAAAGCGAGGUGAUUGGCCCGGGAUUCUUCAGAUUUAAGGCUGAGAUAGAUUUCAAUGGAGUGGUGGUAGUUCAAAAUUACCUCUAUAGGACUGGACGUCAAGAAUGGGCAAGACAGUUUCGUGAAGCUGCAAAGGAGAAGGAUGAUGCUGCUUUGCUGAAAAUGAUGUCCAAUUAUGGUGAAGAAGUAGUUACAGCCUUGGGAAGUGAGGUUGAUAGAUUGGAAAAGGAGAUUCAAGAGCUUGUUCCUGGUAUACGGCAUGUCGACAUUGAGGCACACAAUCCAAUAGAGCUGUCCACGUGAUCUAAAGAUUCUGUUAUGUAUGGGGUAAUAUUUGUGCAUUCUGUGCUUGCAAUCCAUUAAAUGACAGCAACUUCUUGCAAACUUAGGUGGAAAUGCGAUAUGCAAAAGGUAUAUAUGAACUGUCAAUACUGAAAUUGUGAUUGGAAUACCAGUUUCCUGAAUUUUGUUAUCAUGUAGUCAUUCUUUAUUCAACAGAGAUAACUUGAGUUGUACGUCAAUAUCGAAUACAUAUUGCAAGGUCUAUGUAGAA